AUGCGUAUUCUUGACAUUCGUCGUAGCAAAUUUGAGGAAUCCAUUCCCGAUCAAGUCACAGCUGGGCUGUCAGAGACGUGCAAAACCCUCCCAGCUCUUCUUUUCUACAGUGGUGAGGGAAUCCGACACUGGGUUAGACAUUCUACCGCUCCGGACUUUUACCCACGACAUGAAGAACUGCGCAUACUCCGUGCUCGAGCGGCGGAGAUGGCCGCAUCGAUUGCCGACAACAGUGUAGUGGUUGAUCUCGGAAGUGCGAGCCUGGACAAAGUUCUGCCUUUGCUGGAAGCGUUAGAGGCCGCGAAGAAAAGCGUCACCUACUACGCACUGGACCUGAACUUUUCGGAGCUCCAGUCUACCCUAGAGGCUCUGCCGAUGGAACGUUUUGAGUCGGUGAAAUUUGGUGCACUACAUGGAACAUUCGAUGACGGGGUGCAGUGGUUGAAAGAUACCCCAGGCGUGCAGGACUUACCGCACUGUCUCCUAUUAUUCGGGCUGACGGUGGGCAACUUUUCGCGGCCUAACGCCGCCAAAUUCCUGCAAGACAUCGCAUUGGGAGCAUUGGCCUCCAGUCCGGCUGACAGCUCCAUUCUCCUAAGUCUGGACAGUUGCAAAUUACCAACGAAAGUGCUGCGUGCCUAUACCGCCGACGGUGUGGUCCCCUUUGCGCUGGCAUCUCUCACGUAUGGAAACAAGCUGUUUGCCUCAGCUGGGGAGGACGGUCCAGUCUUCCAUGUCGAUGACUGGCAUUUUCUCAGCGAAUGGAACUAUGUUCUGGGGCGACAUGAGGCGUGUCUCAUCCCCAAGGGCCAGGAUAUAAGGCUGGGCUCCCCCCUAAACAACAUUGUCGAAAAGCACGAGAAGAUCAGGUUUGGGUGCAGCUACAAGUACGACGCGAAUGAACGAAAAGACCUGUUUGGAUUAGCUGGAUUGGAUAACGUGGCCGAGUGGUCGUUUGAAGGGUGUGAUGUUUCGUUUUACCAACUCAGACUAAGUCCCAAUUGA